GGACCUCACAGUCCUCUUUGAAGCUGGCGGGCUGGGGCCCACACUGACUCCCGUGAGUUUUCAGACCGACCGCCGUGGAAAACAAGUCUGCCUUCGGCACUCUGGUCCAGAAAGCUUCGUGAGAGGGGAAAGUUUUGAUUUUACAGUAGCGUCGCUACUUUCCUGGCUCCUUACUUUUUUUUUUUUUUUUUUUUUUGCUCGUAGAAACCAAUGUGAGAUAGUGAUUGGACUUGACAAGCCCGCUGCGCUACUGUAUCCACCCCCCCCCUUCUCUCCCCGUUCCACACAACCAGGAAAUAGUCGAGGUGUGCUUCGCUUAUCCCGCUAGUUGCUACCCCGUUUGCGGGUGUAGAUGCGACUUUACCCCCUUCAGAGACAUUUCGUCGUUGUUGUUUAUUUAUUUUUUUUGGUUCGGCUAGUUUGGCUUUAAUCCGCUUUCAAGUGAGUCAAAGUUGCCCGCGAGGAGAAGAGCUCCACUCCGACCAAACAAUGAGUGAGUCGAGUAUCUGCCAGGCUCGGGCCACUGUGAUGAUCUACGAUGACGGCAAUAAGAAGUGGCUGCCGGCAGGUGCUGGAUCCCAGACCUUCAGCAGAGUCCAGAUCUAUCACAACCCCUCCAACAAUGCCUUCCGAAUAGUGGGACGCAAGAUGCAGACAGACCAGCAGGUGGUUAUAAACUGUCCUAUUGUGAGAGGGUUGAAGUACAACCAGGCCACAUCUAAUUUCCAUCAGUGGCGGGAUGCUCGGCAGGUGUGGGGGCUCAACUUUGGCAGCAAAGAGGAUGCUGCGCUCUUUGCCAAUGGCAUGACACAUGCUCUGGAGGUGCUCAACUCCAUGGCAGACGCAGGCUAUGCAACCCUUCCGCGGCCGAUGUCAAAUGGUCCAUCUCCUGAAGAGAUCGAGCAGCAAAGGAGGUUGGAGCAGCAGAGGCUUGAACAGCAAGAACGGGAGCGACAUGAGCGAGAGUGUCAAGAAAAAGAGAGAUUGGAGAGAGAGAGACAAGCUGCAGCAGCACCUGUUCCUCCUGCUCCACCUAUGGGCCCCGGGGACCUUGCUCCUCCACCUGCGCCUCCCCCACCACCAGGGCCUCCUCCACCACCUGGGCCUCUUCCAGCUGCUAGCGCUCCUCCCCCUUCAGGACCCCCAUCAGCUGGACCCCCACCAGGAGGACCACCGCCUCCCCCACCGCUGCCAUCAGAUUUAGGGAGCCUAGGUGGUGGUGGAGCCGGGGGCUUGGCUGCUGCCUUGGCAGGAGCGAAACUUCGUAAACUAUCUAAAGAGGACGGAUCUGCUGCAGCUCCAGUGGGCAGAGCAGAUUCCAGUCGCAGCAGCAACUCUUCUGUUGGAGGAGGUGGCGACCUGAUGGGUGAGAUGAGUGCCAUCUUGGCCCGAAGGAGAAAAGCAGCUGACACUGGAGAGAAAGUCCCUAUGAAGACACAAGACAAUGAGGAGCCGGAGCCUCAAGGUCAAACUGAGAUCAUAAGAAGACCUUGGGAGAAAUCAUCAUCCACUAUGACCAGGAAUAACUCCAUUCCCAAGAGCAUGGAUUCCACCACCCCCUUGUCCCAAAGUUCCAGGGUGAAGCCUGCAAACAACAGUAAUGACACAAGUGGAGUAGAUGACUCGGAUUUAGAAAAAAUGAAACAGGAAAUCCUUGAGGAGGUGCGAAAAGAACUUCAAAAAGUAAAGGAGGAAAUCAUAACAGCCUUUAUUCAGGAGUUGCAAAAGAGAAGCACAUAGCUGAUGCACGUCUGGUGUAGCAGAGGGAUGUGAUAGAUUGAGGCCUGCUGGGACCUUUGCUCUACUGCACCAUCUAAUGUAGCCCAGGGAUUUCUCAUUUUCUCUUCUCUACGUCUCCCACAAGCAUUGCGUUCGUGUCACCAUGCAUACAUACUCUUCAUGUAAAUGGUAACCCAGGGAACCUCCUCAGGCCACCAUCCAACUUGUUCAAAGAUCACUCACUUUUAUGGCGAUCCUGUCUCCCCCGUUCAUUUGUCCUUUUUCCAAUGUGUCCUCUAUGAGAAUCAGUUGAGAGUUACAGCUGCAGCCACAUUACGGCUUUGUUGUCAUCGUUAAUUUUCAUAUCGGGAGUCUUUCUGCUACUGGCGUCCUCUUCUGACAGAUGCAUUUACUGAUAAAGCAGUAUUCAGGGAUAUACUAUUUGCCACAUUUUUACUGUAACAGCAAGAUGCUGGAAUGUUGGGAUUUUGCGAUUCUGCUUUCUCUCAGCAUACAACACCUCAAAAACAGCUAUACUUCUGUCAGAUGUAAGAUGGUAGAUUAUUUCAUGUAAUGAUAAUUGGAAGACAGAAAAUAAAUAAUUAGGGACUGAGCAGAGAACCCAACUCCCUGACUUCUGCCGUGUCUUUCCACCACGUGGAUUUACUUCUCCCGGCACAGCACAGCACAAAAAGCCUUCACUGCUGCAGGAAGAACCGAGCAAAUGGAUGCUGAUGGACUACCAGAUUGCUGUGAAUGAGGAUUGUGUUGUUGUUUUAUGAUGUGUGAGAAAUGUAUUCUCUUUGCAUUGCACUUGUUCCAGAGUAAAGUGUGAGCAUGUGCCACACUGCCUUGACAGACUUUUUUUCUUUCCCCCCCCCCCUCACAGUCUUAAAUGAAAUAUUUGUUCCCCAGUGCAGUGUCCCUAAACUGUGCUUAUGGUGGUUAUUUUCUUCAAUUCGUAGCUAUAUUUUCUACUUUUUUGAAAAACAUGGCCAUCAAUAGGUCAAUUAAUUUGGCCAUGACCAACUGCCUUGAAAAUGAAUAUAUAAAUGGAUAGAUGUAUUUGUUUUGAGGGAAAGUGCUAGUGCAAAUGAACUGGUUUUUAUAUAUUAAUUAAAAUGACUGGUGAAUGGGGAUUUAGUUUUUCCUUUUGAUUGUUAUUUUGGGUUCAUGGUUUCAUUUUCUAAUAGAAUCUAGGCUUUUUACACUGAAAUACAAAGAAAACUGCUUAGAGACACUGGAUUAGAAAUGCCUUUAUAGUCGAAUACAGCUGCUUCUUGAAAUGCA